UGUCUUUGUUUGUCGCUCUCCUCCUCUCCAUCUUUAAAAGCAUCAGUCGGGAAGUAAAGCGGAGAAAGGGAGGCGACCGCGCAAAUACAAUGAUCUCAGAAACUGGCAGCGACAAUCCCAAGGCCGACUAUCUGCGAUCCGACGCGAGCUUUUGCAACGACUCCCCCGUCUCCUCUUCUCCGGAAGCCGGGCAGCGGCUGAGCGGAAGGCGGGACACGCAGACCACCAGCGGCAGCAUCCUCCCGGAGGAGAACGGCAGCAUCCAGCCCCUGGUGUCCUCCUCGUCCUGCGCCGCCGCGGCCGCCUCCUGCAUCAUGACAUCCGGGGAGUUCAUGCAGACCGCUCCCCUGCUGGUGCACCGGUCCAAGAGGAGCCUCCUGUACAAGGCGCUCUGCUUCCUCCUGCUCGUCUUCCAGGGGGGCAUCCUGGACUUCUACCUCAUCAUCUUCACAGACCUGUACUGGUGCUCGUGGAUCGCCACGGACCUGGUGGUGGUGUCCGGGUGGGGGAUCUUCUUCAUGAAGAACGCGCGGAGUAAGAGGGAGCGGGCCUGCGGCUUCCACCAGAAGAGCUCCAUCUUCGGCUGUAACUUGGGGGAGUUCACCUACGCAUACCUGGCCUGGCUCAUCUAUGUCAUAGCCUGCACCCCCAAGGUGGUGCUCAUCCUGGAGACCUCCAUCCUGGACCUGAUCGCCCUUAAAGUACCAUGUGGGGUAACGGGCUUCAAGAUCAUCGUGCUGCUGUCUGCACCUCUGCUCUUCUGCCUCAUCAACUCCAUCAUUGAGGAUCUGAACGGCGCCACGCGACACCACUCCCAGAGCUGCUUCAUGAGCACCUGCCUGGACCUACUGGACAGCUUCACCCUGGUGGAGAUGCUGCUCCGGAACGAGAUCCCCACCGUGUACCUCAAGUACACCGUCAUCUCGGUGUACUUCGUGGCCCUGGCCGUCCCGGUCAUCUGGCUCUACGAGUUGACCGCGUCAGAGCUGCGUUGCCGCUGGUUGUGCGCCCGUUUCUUCUCCACAGGCCUGGUGGUGAAUGCACCGUUGCUGGUGGUCAGGUGCUUCCAGGUGUAUGUGUACAAGAUGCCCGUGUCUGUGUUCAUGUUCAAGAACAUCUUCAUCCUGCUGUGUAAGUUCCUGGAGCUGGUGGAGCAGUGCGUGGCCGUCCGCGGGGUUCGGAGGCUGGCAGGAGGAGGAAACCCGGCCCAGUUCUCCCACUGUGUCUCUGAGAACGACAUGUGUCCGCAUGGGUAUGUCAACACCUUGGCGGUCACCCAGUCCUAGAGCGGUUUAGGGUCUGGAGAUACUGUCGGUGUCUGUCGGGGGGUGUGGAGUCACGCUGCGUUCUAGACACGACUAGGAAGUGGAAGGUCCAAAUCAGACCCAAACCUCAGCCUCAAAAUCAGCAAAACAAGCGAACAAUGAAGAAAUGGAAGGUAUUCAAGAACAGUGUCCUCAUUAAUUACAAUAGUAUAAACUUAACACAUACAAACACUAACAAAACAUAAAAAUAACACACUUAUUCCAAACUGUGGCUUCAGAUAUCGGUCUCCAACCCAUGGUUAAGGCCUAGUGGAGUCCACAUGCAGUUUCAUUCUAAGAUGAUUAAUCACAUUUAAUGCACUUUGUUACAGCAGUACCAACCUGAAAUAUUAACUGGGCCUGAGCAGUACUGGGGAUACUAUUCUCAGAGCACAGAUAUACAACUACUGCAUACUGGAAGACACUAGUGGCUUUUCCAUCGGACAUCUGCGCAAAA